AUGACUGAAUUGAUCGAGAAUAGUUUGCUGAGAACCUUGAACGAGAAGGGGGAGAUUGAGAAUUCUUACGACUUUGCUGCUUCUCUGAACGUAGAUCACCAGGCUGUCGUCGGUGUGAUCAAGUCCCUCGAGACAGAUCUCCUCAUUAAGACGGAACAGUUAUCUCAGCAGUUCUGGACACUUACGGAAGAAGCUCUCUCAGUUUUGGAGAAGGGAAGCCCCGAGCUGCAAGUGAUGAAGAGCAUCCCCAGCGAGGGUAUCUCGAACGAUGCGCUGAUCGCUGCGGUGGGGCAGGAUCUCUACAAAAUUGGAUUUAGCUAUUGCAUGAAAAACAAAUGGGUAAAAAAGGACAAAGCCUCCGGGCUGAUCACCCCCUUGGUCUCCGAGCCAGAGGACUCCCUCCAGAUCCGUCUCAAGUCUCUCCAUGAAAACAACGGUUCGACCGAUCUUCUCGCUCCCGCCUCCGCGGACGCCAAGCUGCUGGUCCGUCGCCAAAUGGUCACCCUGGUCACGCGCAAAUACUACAAAGUGCAGAAGGGCGAGAAAUUCGCUCUGGAGCGUCGCAAGCAGCAGGCGGAUAUCACCAAGGACAUGCUCGACGCCGAUCUCAGCGCCAUCACGCUCAAGCCAUACAACUUCUGCGCGUUGGGCAAGGAGCCGGAGAGCGGCUAUCUGCAUCCUCUGCUGAUGGUGCGAGCGGAGUUCCGCAAGAUUCUCCUGGAGAUGGGCUUCACCGAGAUGCCCACCAACCAGUUCGUGGAGUCGUCGUUCUGGAACUUCGACGCGCUGUUCCAGCCGCAGAGCCACCCUGCGCGCGAUGCGCAAGACACGUUCUUCAUUAGCGACCCCGCCUCCACGCUGACCGUUCCGGAGGACUAUCUGCAGGACGUGGCGAAGAUCCACUCCGAAGGAGGCUUCGGAUCGUUCGGCUAUGGCUACCAGUGGGACCGUCGCGAGGCGAUGAAGAACAUUCUGCGAACGCACACGACGGCGGUGACCACGAAGGAGCUGUACAAGGCGGCGAAGAACCCCGAGGGCUUCAAGCCGAUGAAGUGCUUCUCGAUCGACCGCGUGUUCCGAAACGAGACGAUGGACGCGACGCACCUCGCGGAGUUCCACCAAGUGGAGCUGUUCGUGGCGGAUCGGAACUUGAAUCUGGGCCAUCUGAUCGGAAUGAUCAACGACUUCUUCGCCAAGAUCGGAAUCACCGACAUCCGAUUCAAGCCGGCGUUCAAUCCAUACACGGAGCCGUCGAUGGAGAUUUUCGGGUUCCACCCGGAUCUGAAUCGCUGGACGGAGAUCGGAAACAGCGGAAUGUUCCGACCGGAAAUGCUGCGACCGAUGGGACUGCCGGAGGACGUGCGAUGCAUCGCGUGCGGAUUGUCGCUGGAGAGACCGACGAUGAUCAAGUAUCAUUGCAAGAAUAUUCGUGAGCUGUUCGGACACAAGUACGAUUUGGACAUGAGCAAGAACUCGGCGUUACCUCGAUUCUACGCUUGUUUGUUGAAAUCAGUCGUCGAGUUGGAAGGGUGUUUUCUAGCAAAAGGAGUAGUGGGAUGGGAGAGAAUGCGGAGGGUGAGGGAGAGCGAAUGGAUUGCAGUGUGUGAGGGAGAGCGAAUGGAUUGCAGUGUGUGA